AUGUCUCGGUCGGGAACCACUCUCUAUGUUACUGGCUUCGGUCAUGGUACUCGUGCCCGUGACCUAGCUUAUGAAUUUGAACGCUAUGGUCGCCUCGUUCGUUGCGAUAUCCCCGCCCCUCGUACCCAGUCAAGUCGCCUGUUCGCCUUCGUUGAAUACGAAAGCCGUCGUGACUCUGACGAUGCUUACCACGAGAUGCACAACAAGCAUCUCGGUCGCGAUGACAUCCUGAAGAUCGAGUGGGCACGUACCCCUCCUUCCGCUUCUUGGCGAUUCGACUCUGGCCGUGAGCCUGAUCGUACCCGCGAUCGUCGCCGCGAUCGUUCGCCUCGCCGCGGUCGUUCUACCUCGCCCCGCCGCCGCGAAUACUCUCCCCGUCGUGAAGACCGUUACGAACGUGGCAGUGACCGUCGUGAAGAUCGUGACGGCGACCGCCGAGAUCGCGACCGCGACUAUGACCGUCGCGAUCGUGAUCGUGAUGAUCGUCGUGAACGCUCUCGCGAUCGCUCUCGUACCCCCGAGGACCGUGAUCGUGAUACCAAGGAGGAACGUCGAGAUGAUGAUCGCGAGCGCCGCGACGAUGACCGUGAGACCGCUCCCAACGGUGAAAACGAGGAAGAUAGGAAAGUACUGGACCCCGUUCCCACCGCUGCUCACGAUGAGCUUGAUACUGCUGAGUAG